CGGUGGCUAGGGAGAAGGCGAACGCAAUGAAUGAACGGAUCGGUUAUCCGGAAAUACUCAACAACGCAACAGAGCUGGAGAAGGAAUACGAAAAUCUCACAAUAAUUCCCGAUAAUUUCAUGGAGAAUGUGCUUAAUAUACUGAAAUGGGACUCGGAUAAGAAUUUACAACUGCUACAUCAGCCUGUUGACAAGGAGAAAUGGACGACGGAGCCGGCAGUGGUGAAUGCAUUCUACAAUCCAAACAAGAAUGAUAUAGUCUUUCCUGCGGGAAUAUUCCAGCCGUUAUUUUAUAGCAACAAUUAUCCGAAAUCUGUAAACUACGGAGGAAUCGGUGUCGUAAUUGGACAUGAAAUUACUCAUGGCUUCGAUGAUAAAGGACGCCAAUUUGACAAGGAUGGCAAUAUGAUGCAAUGGUGGAACAAUGCCACGAUCGAAGCUUUCCGUGAACGCACACAAUGCAUAAUCGAUCAGUAUUCCAAAUAUAAGAUCGAAGAGGUGGAUAUGUAUGUAAAUGGGCGCAUGACGCAAGGCGAAAACAUAGCGGACAAUGGUGGACUGAAGCAGGCUUUCCGGGCCUACAGGAAAUGGGUAAAGCGGCAUGGACCUGAACCGGUCUUACCCGGUCUCAAUCUAACACACGAUCAACUAUUCUUCUUAAAUUACGCACAAAUUUGGUGCGGUUCAAUGCGGCCCGAGGAUGCGGUCACCAAAAUACGCUCUUCGGUGCACUCACCCGGUUUCAUACGUGUACUCGCGCCACUUUCCAACUCAAAAGACUUUGCCGAGGCAUACAAAUGCAAACUCGGCGCGCCGAUGAAUCCUGUGGAAAAGUGUAGUGUGUGGUAAAACCAUAAAACAAAAAACAAAAAACAAGUUCGCUAUAUACAUACAUACACAUAAAUACAAUGUAUAUGUAUGCAUAUGUAUAGAAAAUUAACUAAAUAAAUACCUUUAUAAUUUAUAUAGUAGUACACAAAGAUUGUAUAAGAUUAAAAGAAAGGAUAUACAAAAAAAUGUAUUGGGUAGCACAGUGUAAUUUAGAGGCAUAAAUAAU